UGGAAGGAGCCGCUCGGCGAGUGUGAGAGAAGACGGGCCGGAUCCCUCGCCAUUCGCUGCAGUGCGGGACGCGGCUCGUUCCGCUGUCAGUCAUCACCCGUCCACAGAGCGUGUCCGGUGUGCGGGAGUGAACCGCGCACCGUAUCUCACCGGCACCUUCCGAGCAGGGACGGAUUCCCGAGCCGACUCUUUGCCAAGUUGGGCUAACUUUGAGGUGGGGGUUGGUUUUGUUUCAGUUUCUGUACUUUGAGUGGCUGAGAUCCUUCUGUAGACUCCUUGAGACUUUAGUUGUUUUUUCUUUGAUGAUGCCUCGUCCGGGCAGAAACACGUACAGCGACCAGAAACCUCCUUACUCGUACAUUUCCUUGACCGCAAUGGCAAUCCAAAGCUCCCCGGACAAAAUGCUCCCUCUGAGCGAGAUCUACAAAUUCAUCAUGGAUCGGUUCCCGUACUACCGAGAGAACACGCAGAGGUGGCAGAAUUCGCUCAGACAUAACCUCUCCUUCAAUGAUUGCUUCAUUAAGAUCCCUCGCAGGCCGGACCAGCCGGGCAAGGGCAGCUUCUGGGCGUUACAUCCCAACUGCGGGGACAUGUUCGAGAACGGCAGCUUCCUGAGACGCCGCAAGCGUUUCAAGGUGAUGAAGGCGGAUCACUUGGCGGUGAGCAAGCAGUCGGACGCUACGCACUACCUCCAGCAGCAGGCGAAGCUCCGGCUCAGCGCCCUGGCCGUGUCGGGCACCCACCUGCCGCAGAUCCCCAGCUACAACAUGGGCGUUUCUCAGAGCACAAGUUUCAAACACCCCUUCGCCAUCGAGAACAUCAUCGCCAGAGAAUACAAAAACGUGAUGUCCAGCGGACUUGCUUUCUCGGCGGUGCAGCCCAUGCACGCCGGUUAUCCCAUGCAUUCUGUCGGUAGCCCCAUCGGUACGGCCUGGCCCCACAUGUACAGUACCAGCGUGAUGGACACGGCGCCGCCGCUUUCCGUGCCCAGCAGCGACUACAGCGCCUACGGCGUCCCCAUUAAACCCCUGUGUCACGGCGGACAGACUUUACCGGCUAUCCCGGUGCCCAUUAAACCCUCCCCGGCCACCGUGCCCGCCUUGCCGGCUUUACCCGCGCCGAUCUCGGCCAUCCUGUCCAACAGUCCCGCCACCCUGAGUCCCACCUCUCCGCAGAUUGGUAACGGCCAGAGGAGCCCGAGCCCGAGCCCCGGCGACACGUUAACGAGCGCCGGCGCCGCUCUGCAGUCGGUGGCCGUGCACUGACAUUGGGCACAAAGGCGAGGGCAGGGCCAGCUCAGUCCAAAGUUUACCGGAAGGGUUUGCGAACCGCAGAGAGAACUGUCCGCUUGUGAUCACCUCCUGCCCCGGUGUAUAAAUGUAAAUGUGAGCGGCCGGCGUGCAUACACCAGCCUGUGAAUAUGUGCACUUUUUUUCCAUUUUGCUUCAGUUCUAGACUCCCCGUCACUCGCAAUCGCCGAUCAUCAAGUCCAAUGUUUUUUCUAAAUCGUGUCGUGAAUCCCACAAAACAUUUGUUAACACUGUAAAAAGUUGACUUUCAGUAAUGUACGGCGGCAUGUGGAUGUAAGAGUGUUAGUCGCAACAUGCAUGUGUUACACGGAAAUAUCUGUCUGCUUUAAGUUAUGAACUAGGUUAUCGAAAAAUAUUUUCUCA